UUAGGGCGCGAUCCUUCCUUUCCCCAAUUCUCCCGCCCUCUUUUUGGAAACCCCAAUCUUAACCCGACCCCUUAACCCUGGUUACCCGCUCCCCUUCUCCGUCCUCUCCUCUUCCUCCCCAUCCCCUAUUAGAAGCCUGCGUCCCAAACCCUACCCGAUCGAUCCGCUCCUCUCGCUUCCCCCUUCUCUUUCUCUCUCUAGCUUCUUCCUCAAGCCCGAUCCGGACCCUAACCGGCGUACCAACGAGAUCCGGCCACGGCCACGGUCCCGACGCGAUCCGGCGGCCCCAUGGUAGUGAACGAGCGGCCGCUAAAGCGGGCGAAGCGGCGGGUCACCGCCGACCUCUGCGACUUCCUCACGUUCCCCGACGACGGCGCGGGGCUGGACGGGCCGUUCCGAGCGAACAUCCGGGCGUUCCUCGCGCGGCACGGCCGGCCCGCGGCGCCUCCGCCGCCACCGCCUGCGAUCCUCCCCCACCCCUCGGCCGCGGACGGUGAUGGGCCGCGUCUGCUGACGUGGCGGGUGGCGUUCCGGGUCGGCGGCGGCUGCGCCGGGUACUGCGACGGCCAGGCGGCGGAGGUGGCGCUCGACGUGGUGGAGGAGGACGUGCCGCGAUCGAAGUCGAUAUACUGCGACCAAUGCCGAGUCGUCGGGUGGAGCGAUCACCCGGUUUGUGGGAAGCGCUACCAUUUCAUAAUCCGAAAUGAUAAGAAUUCAAUGUCGACGUCUGGUGUCACCUGCACCAGAUGUGGGACCUUGCUGUCAUUGUCUAAUUUAAGGUGUUACUCAUGCAAUUGUGAGAUGACGACCGAUGACACUUUUGAGGAUCGGGCAUACCUGCAGUUGGAGGAUUCUACUAAUUUGCUGCAUGGAAUUGUGCAUGCCAACGGAUUCGGCCAUCUUCUACGAGUAAACGGCAGAGAGGGUGGUUCUAAAUACUUGACAGGAUGUGAUAUUAUGAGCUUUUGGGACCGGCUGUGUCAGAUGCUCCGCGUCAGGAAGGUCAGCGUCAUGGACAUAUCCAAGAAACACGGAAUGGACUACCGCCUCCUCCACGCCGUCAUUGCAGGCCAUCCCUGGUACGGGAAUUGGGGGUACAAGUUUGGAGCUGGUAGCUUUGCCCUCACCGCCGAGUCCUACCACAAGGCCGUGGACACCCUGUCCAAGGUGCCGCUCUCCAUCUUUUUCUCCCGCGGCGGCUACCCUCGGACUCCCCUCCAGAACACGAUCGACUUGUACAGGUCGCUCUCGGAUCAGCAACCGGUGACUGUCAGAGACCUUUUCCGCUGUGUGUUGCAUCAACUCCACGAAGCCCCGGAGCGGGCUAAGUCUGAAAGUCCUGCAGGGAAGAAACCAGUGGCUGGAGUGCUGUGUGCAUUGACAAGGGAUGGCUUACAACCGGCGGAAGAGCUCAUUGUCAAGGUUCUACGAGCUGUUGGUGGGUCCCGGUGGGUGACCUGGCGCGCUCUUCGAGGGGCCGCAUGCUACGCCAUCGAGCCGCGGGAGCUGCUCGACUGCUGCCUCAGGGGAGUGGUCGGUAAGACCGUGGGCGAUGGAAUGGUAGUCACUGCCCGCUACAACGCUGAGACAAAGGCCAUAGAGUACCGUCUUGAAGCAGCUGAUAACCAGCAAUCUUCCGCCCAGUGUUUGCCGAGACCAUCCGCUGACCAUCUCAUCCAUGACCUUAAAUUCCUUUACGAUGCCCUGCUCAACCCGGCCUCCAUGCAACCCUACAAGCCAAGUGCCUUGAGGGAAUCUGCCCUCAGCUCUGCAGUUAAGCUUCUCGACUGUAAGCAAUUUAUCAGACAUUACGAUGAGUCUGUAUCGUACCUGUCACCUCCAAAUCCAUCAUCUGCGACGGCUCUUUGGUGCCACGUCAAGUUGGUCGACCAUCCAGAGGACUACACGGCUCCCCCACCGGAACUCCUGAUUCUAUCAGCAGGUGCCACCAUCGCCGAUCUCAAGCUGCAGGUGACGAAAACAUUCCAAGAGACCUACUUGGUAUUCCAGAGGUUUCAAGCUGAGCAGCUACUCGACCAUGAAGAAGCCAGUGACGUGACUCCCGUCAAGUCCUUGUUCGGCUCCUACGGGGUAGCUCGGUUGAGAGGAAGGUUCCUUGGGAUCGACCAAAGUCUGGGACUGUUCAGGAAGGAACGGGGAGUCGAUAACUGGAUCGUCGACUGUGUCUGCGGUGCCAAAGACGAUGAUGGAGAGAGGAUGAUGGCCUGCGACGCCUGUGGAGUGUGGCAGCACACGAGGUGUGCAGGGGUUGAUGAUUUUGAGGAGGUGCCUGCAAAAUUUGUCUGUAAAAAAUGUGUGGGCAUUCGUAAGUACAGAGGUAGAGGAGUUGGGCGGCCAAAAAAUGACAGACCCAACGGGAGAUGCAAGGAUGAAAUAGGCCCGUCCUUGACGAGUGUAGGUAGGCUGACAACAGUGGGGUAAUGGGGGUAGAUUCGUGUUUUGUAUAAUCUGAGGUAUGUGUGUAUAGAUCUGAGAGCUGAUGAGGAAUCAGUUCUGGCCUGUUUAAUAAUCUUUAAUCUGCUGUCGAACUUCUUCCUUUUCCGCUCCUGUUUCACCUGCAUAGAACCAGUGGAAAUGGAACUUUAAUGAAGCUUGAGGUGUGAUUUGUGCAUACCAACAA